AUGGGACCAAAUGGAUUCUCCAAAUCAGAUGACUACGAUCUCUGGGAGAGUCGCAUGAAGACCUUCAUCGAGACAAUUGGUGAAGGGCGUCGUUCCGCUGUUCUCGAAUGCAUGGACAACCAGGUGCUGAUCGUAGCGAGGGCGUGUAACCUCACGUCCUCCUUAAUUACGGCCAUUAUCUUUGAGCGGCUAAGAAGAGAGUUUGGCAUAUCCUCGACGCCGUGGGCCGCCCGAAAAACUCUGAGGGACAGAAGACAACUGACAGAAGAGUGA